AUGUUAUGAGCGUCCCCUUUGGAACGGGGCGGUGGCUUGCGCCACCAAGCUCUUGCUACUAUGCUGCUAUAGUGAGUGACAGCAGUCACUAUAGUGAGUGACAGCAGCGCCUACAUGCAUGGAGGCAGGAAGAAUGCCUGAAAAAAAUUUAAAAAAGGCACUAAAAUGUUAUUUUAAAAGAUACUUUUAAUAAUUUGAAUCAUCUAAAAAUAAAAAAGUACGUAAUAAAAGGUGAAAAUGCACAAGAUUUAGCGUUGUACAGCAAAAACAAAAAAAAAAGAAAGGAAACGCGCGGGACGCGCGGGUGGAAACAUCAGUUUUGGUUUCGAUGCGUCCAUGAGCAAAUGUUAACGCGACAUUAAUAUGCUUACAUCAUAGUCGCCUAAAUACUUCAUAACGCCACCAAUAUAGCUUUAUAAUUUUAUCAUAAAAAAUACUUACUUCAAACAGUAUGCUUUGAAGGCCUUGAAGAAUAGUAAAACGAGCAACACUAAAUUGAUGUCAGCGCCGAUCAGUGCCCCUUGACGUCAGUGCAGCAUGCAGCGAACCCAUCAAGUACAAGAGCGGCGUAGUCGUUGCUGGUACCUGUGUGUUGUGCGUCCGUUGUGUUGAAUUCUUUCGUCGAUUUCGCUGUGCUUCGGCGACCGCAGCCUGGUACACAAUGCCGCGGGAGAUGAUUAUGCUACAGCUCGGCCAAUGUGGCAAUCAAAUUGGCUUCGAAUUUUGGAAGAAGCUGUGUGCCGAGCACGGCAUCAACCCAGAGGGAGUACUAGAAAACUUCGCAACUGACGGCAUAGACAGAAAAGACGUCUUUUUUUACCAGGCCGACGAUCAGCAUUACAUUCCUCGUGCGGUGCUUCUAGACCUUGAACCACGAGUAAUCAACACGAUAAUGAAUUCACCGUAUGCCAAGCUGUACAACCAGGAGAACGUCUAUCUCUCGCAGUCUGGAGGAGGCGCCGGAAACAACUGGGCUGUCGGCUACUCGCAGGGCGAACGUCUCCAUGAGGACGUUUUUGACAUCAUUGAAAGAGAGGCUGAUGGCAGCGACUCUCUGGAAGGCUUCGUACUAUGCCACUCAAUUGCUGGCGGAACAGGAUCUGGAAUGGGCUCAUACAUUCUCGAACACCUCAACGACAGGUUCCCGAAGAAGUUGAUCCAGACAUAUUCAGUGUUCCCGAAUCAGGAUGAAAUGAGCGACGUGGUGGUCCAGCCAUACAACUCGAUGCUCACUCUAAAUAGGCUUACACAGAAUGCUGACUCAGUAGUUGUCCUCGACAAUGCCGCUCUCAACCAGAUUGCAGUUGACCGGCUGCAUAUUGAAAACCCAUCUUUUGCUCACAUCAACACACUGGUGUCAACAAUCAUGUCUGUGAGCACAACAACCCUUCGGUAUCCCAGCUACAUGAAUAACAACCUCAUCGGUCUGGUGGCGCCCCUGAUCCCAACACCAAAGCUUCACUUCCUGAUGACAGGCUACACACCUCUCACAACUGACCAUGAGGCACCCAGCGUGCGUAAGACGACUGUGCUUGACGUCAUGAGGCGGCUGCUGCAGCCGAAGAACAUGAUGGUUUCCAUCGGGCACGAUCGCUCGGCCAGCCAUUGCUACAUCAGCAUCCUCAACAUCAUCCAGGGCGAGGUGGAUCCGACACAGGUGCACAAGAGUUUGCAGAGGAUCCGGGAGCGCAAGCUGGUGCAGUUCAUCCCCUGGGGCCCCGCCAGCAUCCAGGUGGCACUGUCUCGGAAGUCGCCGUACGUCCAGACGCAGCACAGGGUCAGCGGGCUCAUGCUUGCCAACCACACAGGAAUCACCUCGCUGUUCCAGCGCACUUUGCAGCAGUUCGACAAGCUGCGCAAGCGAGAGGCCUUCCUGGAGCAGUUCCGCAAGGAGCCCAUGUUCCAGGACAGCCUGGACGAGCUGGAUGGCUCGCGCGACGUUGUCCAGGGCUUGGUUGACGAGUAUUUGGCAGCCACAAAAGCAGACUACCUCUCAUGGGUCUCGCGUCAGUCAACCGUGGCACCAAAGUGAAGUGGGAUUGUACUACUUAUUGUUUGAUAUUCCAUGUCCUGCUGCAAUUCUGAAUGCAAACUCCGAAGAUGUGGGAAAAAAAGAACUGUGUCACAAUGUUGCCCCGUUGCAGAAGGAACUGCGUUUCAGUGUGUGCUGCUCAAUUCCUUUAUAAUUACGUGUCCUUUGUACAUAGAUAAGAUACUGAACAUGCCCAGUCAUGUGCUUUUCGAGCAUUUGCUUGGUACCAAUGCAUCGCAAAUGCUUAGAACACUUAGUGAUCUGCAAAUGGCAUUACACAAUGUUAUUGAAUUGUGUUGCAAAGCUACUGUAAGUUAUUUUUGUGUGUGUCUGUGACAUUUCUCGUCACUGUUGACCUCAUAUUGGAGUUAGUUGUUGUGCUUGCAUGUUGAGCUGUGUUUGGAUGUCAGAGAAUCCAAGACAAAACAAAAAAAAUAACGAAGGAAGCAGGUUUUAUAAUAUGUGCCAAAGCUCCACAGCAGUGAUGCCUUUUCAGUAGGGGUGUGCAAAUAUUCGUAACUUUCGAAAUCGCAGAUCGAAUGGUAUUGUCCUAUAUAAUUCGGUCCUCAAAUUGAAUAAUACUUAUUUGCAAAUCCAAAUAUUUUUCUGAUGGUUCUCAAAUAUUUCAUGUCGUCAAUUUUACACGUCAAACAUGAACUAGAAGCAAAAAUUCAAUAACUAACUUUCCUUCCAUUCACAGUAGACAUAACUAUAGUGAACAAACUGCCGAGUUGUUCCUGAUGCUCCGUUUGCACGUUUAAUAAGGCAUGCUUUAUAAUCUUCACUGUAAUUACAGAAAUGUUCAAGUAUGAAAAGCAGGAUGUGUAAAAAUGUUUGAUAGUAAUGGUGAGAAGGCUGUACAGCACUCAAAAAGUAUUAUAAAAACAUUUUAUGUUCAAUUCACUUCUUAGACUAGUCAAUUCAAUUUGCUUCCGGUACUAUUCGAUUCGUAUUCAAUUCGUUCUCAAAAACUGCCAUUCACACACCCCUACUUUUCAGGAAACAUCUUGUGACAUGCACUUUGUUUCAUACUUAAUGUGCGUAAUGUUAAAGCGCAUAAACUUCAAGUUUGCAUUUAUGAAUGAAGUGCUUUCGAAUGAAGGUGUUUUAGUGUUUAGAUUGUUAUGUUUAUUAGGUGUGUUUAGGUGGAUUUGAGAUUACUAGUUCUGUCCGCCUGUGAAGUGCUGACAUCAAAUUUCGUUUUACACUUCAGAUGUAUAUAUUUGAAGCAUGGCUUUACUAGUGAUAUGUAAUAAAUGCACUUUAGUGGUUUGGAGUGUUGCAUUUCUUGGUUAUGGCUUGUUGAGGUGGAACCGAAAUUUAAAAAAAUUUGUUUGCUUUCAAAUACUAAAGCUGCCGACAUUGCCGGGCCCUUUUGCGCUUCUUUACACGACCUUGCUUACUGUGAGCAUUCUGUGCUAAAUAUUCUGGAAGAAGUCGUUACCCUGUAGGCUGCACCUCAACGGAAUGUUGCUGAAGUGGCAUACACAGGCUUUUGCUUAACUUAGUCCCGGCCUUAAACUUGUGCUUUUUUGUUAGUGUGCGUUAAUCACUGUGUGCAACCUCUUUUUGACUGUGUGAGGAGUCAAUUCAUGCAAACUUGCUAGAGAAAAACUGGCUGACCUUACAGUCAUUCUUUAAUAUGGCAUUUGUUGUCUUGCAUCUGCUAUGAGGAUUCAAUUCUCCAGUUUUGUGGGCUUUGUGCAUUUUUGCCACAUUGCACAGUAUUGUGCAUGUUCUUGAGGUACGUGGCAAGAAUUCAGGUGUGGUGACAUUUUCACCAGUAGAGAACAUUGUUGAGCAAGCACUCAAAUUUUUAUGACAAGUUAAUGAGGAAAAAAUUUCCAUCAUCACUCCACCAUGUGCAACACGUAUAUUAUUUUAUUAUAGUGUAUUGCUGCAUUUCUUUUUUAUUGCCAGAAAGGAUGUGUACUGAACUCUAGUUGCAUAGCACUCUGAGCCAUCACCCAAGCUGAUACUUGAGCUUACCAUCAUUUCUAUGCUGGUUGAAGUCCCGCUGAGAGAAACCACAUAGGCAGUAGCACCACAUUUCCUCCUAGGUAAGGUUUCGGUAACUCUCUAAGGUGUGUGGACUAGUAUUAAAGGGACACUAAAGUGAAAUAAUCAAUCAGUUUAGACUAAUGAAGCAUUGUUUCAGAACCCUGCAGGCAGUUAUUUAAAAAAAUAGUUUGAUUAUUGGAUGAGAAAAUGAAGGUCCAAGUAUCAGUAUUUAAAUUUCGCGCUGAAACUCCAGCGUCGGUACGUCAGCGUGAUGUCAGGGUUUCCAAAGUAUGUUUUCGCAUUCGGGCCGCAUUGGCUGAGUAAAGGUUCCCGAAACUUGCCAUGUUUAAUAUUUUGUUCCUUUAGAACACAAUGUAGUCAAUCUGUACCGCUAUAUAUAAUUAGUAGGCCCUAGAAGAUGCCAUAAAAAUCCAUGACGUCACAGCCACCAGGUGCGGGAACUUAAGUAGGCGUCGCCACCCGUAUUUCGUUCUUGUGCUUUUUCUGGCUUACCGAACGUCUUAUCGUUGUAAGAGUGGUGUUUUUGGUGUUGUAGAAAGGUAAUUUACUGAUGCAGAACAAAUCAUUUUUCACUUUAGUGUCCCUUUAAGCAUUUGCGGGACAGCUACAUAAAGGUCACAGGCAAUCUCAGCUGCCAGUGACAUCUUGUCAUUUCUUAGGUGUUUUUAAAUGCUGGAAAUAUCUAGGGUGUCAUGCAUAUUUGGAAACAUACUUCAUUGUAAGACACUGUCCUGAGUAGUGGGAUGGGAUAAUUUUUCUGUCAUUCACUUCAUCAUGUGUGAUUGGGUGAUGAAAUUUUCAAUCAUUGGAAACAACAAAGUUUUGAAUAGGAAUGGGACUAUAAGUAGUGAAAUUUUCCUUGCACUUCUGUUCUGUUGAGCAGUGCUUAUACAUGCCUCACCUCAUGUUCAUGAUUAUAGACACUUGUUUGCGCUGGUAACUUCAAUGAUAGCUUGCGCAAACAUUCACACAGCAUGGAAAUGCAUCUCUUAAAAACUAUUCUAGAUGGUUAGGUUAGGAAUGUGUACGGCUUGGUUUUCACACAUACUCUUCACAAUUCUGAAGAAAGUGUUUCAUUAAUAAAGAUGUUUUCAAAGAGUGCUUUUAUAUUUUGUAUGCUCCUGUGUACAUUUAGAUCUUUGGGUACGCACAAUGUACCGUUCUGAAUUUGAAGGUUACAGCUUGUUACCAGUGACUUAAAAGUUUCUCAAUCCAUGUUUCUUAGAUUAUUAGCCAGCCAUAAAUGGCAGUUCUUUUUCUGUCAGAAGACUGCUAACAGCAGUCCGCUGGUUUGAGCCACGCACAAUGCAUAAUUUUUAUCAUCUAAUUCACACUGUACAACAUUUUGUGUAGUGCAUUUUUAGAUAGCAGGCAUCGUAAAGGUGUAGAUUGACUUUCUCACGCUAGAUCCAGCCUCCACUUGUAAGUUAUGCUAUGUAACUAGGAGCACGAGCCAGAAAUGGCUCUCAUUGCUGUAGCUUUGCUCUCGUCCUAAUGUGAGGUUGACUUGAUGAAAAUUCUGCAACAGCCUAGAGGUUUUGUCUAUAUGGCACACAUGCUUAUUUUUUAAAGCCAUUGUGUGUCAUUUACAAGCAAAGCCAGCUUGAAGCAGAAAAAGAAGGAAGCAAACUAUUGUAGAUCUUAUUUCUUGCCCUUCUGCAUUUGCCAUAGUGAUUUUGUCACGAUUUGUUCAUACACUCGGUUUUGGGUCUAUGUAUGUUUAUAUGUUUAGAGACCACGUGAGGCAAGAAGCUGAACAAAGAUUUCAAGUAAAUAUGUAUGAAAAGUGUCACAUUUCAAGUGCUUCCUACAUUCACGUUUUGUUGUGGCCUGCCUGUGCAUGAAAAGUGUUGUUCCUGUUCGGUGCCUUCAAGGUAGAGUUGCAUUAGUCACCUGUACAGCUGUGAACUGACUAAUUUAUCAUUUCUUUGUGUACUACCUACUGCUAUGCAUUUGUCGUGCAUUUGGUUGUUUGAAUUGUCAUCCUGAAUAAAAUGACCUCAGCUAAAAGAA